GAGUUAACUAUGGCGUUAAUGCGAUUAAUCGCGAUUACAUAUUUUAAUCGCUUGACAGCACUAAUUUAAACAUGUCUUCAUGCACAUUUUGAUCGCUUUGAAGCAAGUAGAAUAAUCGGAACAUAACUGAAAUUACCCUAAGUCAUGCUGCGGACGUUCCACUGACACACAGUGUCUCUAUAAGCAGAAGUAGAAAGUAGCAUGUGGUCAAAAUGCUGUUUCAUCAAAGUUGCUCUUAAGACUUUGACAUGCUGUCAUACAAAACACACAGAAGGGCCAAGCACUCAUAGGGGUAAGAGGAUAAGAUAUACACUCUGAAAACACUUUAUACCAGAAUAUGGCUGAAGUGAUUUACACCAGACCCAACGUGAUUGCCAAGGGAAGGAACACACGAGGAGAGAGAGAGGAGAGGAUAGUGGACAUCGUGGUUUGUCCUGAGAGCCUCAGAGAUCAACAGCAGGACUAUGUGGGGACAGAGGAGUCCUCCAAGUCUCUGGGAACAGGAAGAAGUCAGCGGCCGGACGCUGUGAUCGCUACCAAGUGUCAGAUCUGGGCAGUGGUGGUGCUUCUGGGCCUGUUGUCUGUGGUAAUGCUGGCCAGACUGAUUGGGUUGGCAGUGCAACACAAGAAGACUGUGAGCAUGGACAGAGACGUGGAGCAACUUCUCCAAAGGCUGAAGAACGUAACAGAACAGAGAGACUCAGUCAACAGUCAACAGUGCUGUCCAAGUGGUUGGGAUAAGUUUGGUAUGAAAUGUUACCGGAUUUCCAACGUGUUGGGAUCCUGGAAUAAGAGCAGGGAGUUCUGUUUUUCCCAAGGAGCAGAUCUGGUGGUGGUGGACAGUAAAGAGAAAAUGGACUUCAUCAGCAGGUACGACUCGUACUUCUGGUUCGGAGCGACAGAUGUGGCCGGUGAAGGGAUGUGGAGAUGGGUUGAUGGGACCGUCCUGUCACUGGAUAACCCCUCCUGGAGCAGAGGGGGACCUCAAGGUGGUGGGGACAGUAACUGCUUAUUGAGGGCCUACGAGCUGAACCAAUUCAAAUGGACAGAUGAGAGCUGUGAUACCAUAACAGUGGGGCUUUGUGAACAAAAUGUAAUAAAAUGAUUGAUGAAUACAUUUCUUAAUGGCAACAUACAUCAGCUGUUUUGUUUCAUACUUGAUGGGUUCCUUCAUUCAAUAAGAGCUGUGAUUGGCUGCAAGUUGUUCCUUAAAGGGAGAUGAGAUGCACUGGUCACUGCAGGAGAUGUACAUAGCUGCUUUUUCAAUGUAUCCACUGUUGCUCUUGGUGUUAGAGGCUGAGGUUAGGAGGUAAAGGUUGGUUUUCAGCUGCUGCAAACCAGACUAGUUCUCUAUCUAGGGCUGCCUUUGUCCCCUCAACGAUGUGAAGAUCACCAUUUACAAAAUGGAAUUGUCAUUUAUAACAUGUGUGUUCAAAGCAGAUGUUUUAAACUAGAUUAUUUUUUUAAUUUAAUUAGUUUAGUUAUUUGUUUCUUGUUGUAAAAAUCCAUCAUGAAAAAUGUUGUACCAUCUUUUGAAUUUUGAUCCCACUCUUAUCAUUAACAAAUUGUAUAUGAAACAAUAUUUGAAAUCCUCUUAUUCUUUUUAUCUGUCGAAAAUAAAUAUUUUAAGGUGCUGUGUUUGUUCUCUUCAAACAGAAACCAAUUCCAACUCGUUUCUAAGAGGAUAUCAGUGUAUAAACAUGUUACACAUCAUUGAUAUUCAGGUAUCUGAUCACAAUUGAUGUUGGAGCGACUAAUACAAAUUUUAUUUUCACAUUUCAGCUUUAUUGCAAUAAAUUACAUUGUGUCCUAGA